GAUUUUGUUUUGUUUGUGAUCGAUCGACAGAGGGAAAGAUGCCGGCGGGACAUGGAUUGCGAUCGAGGACCAGGGAUCUGUUCGCAAGAGGCUUCAGAAAGAAGGGUACCAUUCAUCUAUCUACUUAUCUCAGAACCUAUCACGUCGGAGAUUAUGUUGAUAUCAAGGUGAACGGCGCCGUUCAUAAAGGUAUGCCUCAUAAGUUCUAUCAUGGCCGCACCGGUCAGGUCUGGAACGUCACCAAGCGCGCCAUCGGCGUUGAAAUGAACAAACAGGUUGGUAACAGGAUCAUCAAGAAGAGGAUUCACGUGCGAAUUGAGCAUGUGAUGCCAUCCAGGUGCACGGAAGAGUUCAAACAGAGAGUUAAAAAGAACGAUCAACUAAAGGCGGAGGCGAAGGCCAAGGGUGAGGUGAUCAGUACGAAGAGGCAACCAGUUGGGCCGAAACCCGGGUUUAUGGUUGAAGGUACGACCCUAGAGACGGUAACGCCCAUUCCUUACGAUGUUGUGAAUGAUCUCAAGGGUGGUUAUUAAUUAAGUUGAAAGAUGAUUCCAAAUUUGGUUUUUGUUUCAUGACAUUUAUAUGUGUUUUUAUGUUGUUCAUCUUUAAUUUAGACUUGAUGGAUGCGUUCAUUAUGGUAAUGAGUUGAGAGUUUUGAAACAGUCUCAGAAUUUAUGUGAUUGGAUGCGGUUUUUGUUGCC